UGUGCAUAACCAGUGAACACCAAUUUACAAAUUCGCUGAAAUCUUUAACCUUUCCUAUCCAUUGUAGACUUCCUUUCCAAGCAAAAGACAUGACCAAUACUCACUGCUAUCCUCAUCUUCUUCCCAUGUUGCUGUCCUUCUUCUCCUUAGUCCUCUUUGUUGAUUCAGUUUACAUUCAAAGGUCUGGAUUUGGAUCUGAUGAUGCCGACAUACUGUACCUGGGAUCUGCAGGAUCUCGAGCUGGUGCUGUUCAGUUCAACAUGAAUGCAAGGUAUACUUGUCAAGUAGGAUGGGCCAUCUAUGCCAGAAGGGUUAAACUUUGGGACUCAAAUACUGGACGCGUCACUGACUUCACCUCUCACUAUUCCUUCACUAUAGACACUCAAGAUAACAUUAAUUAUGGCUAUGGGCUAUGCUUCUUCCUUGCUCCUUUUGGUUUUAAAAUCCCUCCAAAUUCUGCUAGUGGCUUUCUGGGCAUAUACAACGCCUCAACAGGUCUAUCACGUGAGAGCCAGAUUGUUCAUGUGGAAUUUGACUCUUACGCAAACGCUGAAUGGGGCGAGACCAUGACACAUGUGGGAAUCAACAAUAAUUCUGUUAUUUCAUCAGUAUCUACGUAUUGGAAUACAACUCUACACAGCAAUGAUCCUGCAGACGUGUGGAUUACCUACAACUCUACUUCGAAAAACUUUAGUGUAUCGUGGAAAUACCAGAACACGCAUAGUCCUCAAGAGAACACUAGUCUUUCUUAUCUAAUUGAUUUAUCCAAGGCACUACCAGAAUGGGUUACAGUUGGAUUUUCUGCAGCAACGGGACCCUUUAAAGAACUCCAUACUCUUCUCUCUUGGGAGUUCAACUCAACUUUGGAUGACACAGAACAGAGUAAAAACAAGACUUCACUUACGGUGGUUCUGAGUACCGUUUUAGUGAGUGUUGUUUUGAUAGUUGGAGGAGCAAUUGUAGCGUAUGCUUUACUCUGGAGAAAGAAGAAAACGAGAAGCAAAAAGGAAGAUAUGAACUUAACAUCAAUGAAUGAUGUCCUCGAAAGAGAAGCAGGACCGAGAAGGUUCUCUCGCAGAGAGCUUGCUAAAGCUACCAACAAUUUCUCUGAAGAUAGGAAACUGGGUCAAGGUGGGUUUGGCGCUGUUUACCGAGGUUAUUUUCCUGACAUAGAUUUAACAGUUGCUGUGAAGAAGAUAUCAAGAGGAUCAAGGCAAGGGAAAAGAGAGUACGUAACUGAGGUCAGGGUCAUUAGUCAGCUAAGACACAGGAAUCUUGUGCAGCUCAUCGGUUGGUGUCAUGAAAGAGGCGAGUUCCUACUUGUUUACGAGUUCAUGCCAAAUGGUAGCCUUGACGCUCAUUUGUCAGGGAAGAAGCCUCCUCUUCCAUGGAACGUGAGGCACAAGAUAGCUCUGGGAUUGGCCUCAGGAGUGCUCUACCUUCAUGAAGAAUGGCAACAAUGUGUGGUUCACCGGGAUGUCAAAACAAGUAAUGUCAUGCUAGAUUCUAGUUUCAAUGCAAAACUUGGAGACUUUGGGUUGGCUAAGCUUGUGGACCAUGAUUUGGGACCCCAAACAACAGGAUUGGCAGGCACAAUGGGUUAUAUGGCUCCAGAAUAUGUAAGUACAGGCAGGGCCAGCAAGGAAUCAGAUGUUUAUAGUUUUGGAGUAGUUGCCUUAGAGAUUGUUACAGGAAGAAAGGCAAAUGAUCUUAUGAAGGAUGGAGAUGGGGUAAUAGGAUUGAUUGAGUGGGUUUGGAAUCAUUAUGGGAGGGGAGAGCUAGCUUUAGCCAUGGAUGAAAAGUUGCAGGAGGACUAUAAUAAGAGAGAAGUGGAGUAUUUGAUGAUUGUGGGUUUGUGGUGUGCCCACCCAGAUAAGAACAUGAGGCCAUCUAUUAGGCAAGCAAUUCAAGUGUUGUGUUUUGAGGUUGCCCUGCCCUAUCUUCCUUCAAAGAGGCCUAUUCCAAUAUAUCAUGCUCCCAAACCAAAAGUUAUUUCUGAAAUAACUUCUUUAACUACAACUUUACAAACUGGUCGUUGAUUAUAUUCAAAAUUAGUCAAUACUCUUUUGUUCAAUCUCAUGGUGUGGUAUACAUAGGAAUACAAAUUACUAUAAGUAUUUUGAUUCUUGGUUGUGUUGCUUUGUAUAUUUUGCUAAUUAA